AUGUCGGUACACUCGGGCUCUCCGUCACCGUUGCAAAUGGCAGCCAACGGCCAGCCGGACGAAGCCAAAAUGCCUCAGGGGCACUGCCGAUACAUCCUGCUUCAUCCCGAGGUCAAAGGCCGGAGGUGUGCUUGCGCCAAUUUCUCGCUCAACACCGGCAUCCCCGGCGCAACCUGUGAAUGUGGACAUCUGGCAUGUUUCCACAACAAGGAGCCCGAGGUCUCAACAGACCAGAAGCAGGAGCUCGAGCUACUGAAAAGGCGGCUGCAACAGCUCGAAGAGCAGAUGUCCAAAGGGCAAGACGACGUCUUGGACAGCGUAAUCAGCAGGCUGAACGAAGUGGAGGACCACUUGGAAAAGAGCAAGGAGGAGGUCGGCGAGCAGAUCAAGGGAGCCUACCGAAACGUCAGCAUGAGCUGGCGUUCCAUCGAGCAGGCGGAGCGCCGGACUCAGCAACACGAUGAGCAGCUCCGUCAAAUCUACGAUAAGCUCCGAGAUCACGACGAGCAGCUCGAUAGAGUGCACGCGGGCCAGCUAGAGCUCCGAGACGCCGAUCUCAGCCUGGAGGAGCGCAUCGAGAACCUGACCGAGACGUUAGAGGAGGAGGAAGAACUGCGCCUGUCAGCGGCGCUAGCCCGGUGCCUCUCGCGGGGCCUCCACCAGAUGGUGGCGGUACAGGGCCGCGACGCGGCGUCAUUCAAGCAGGCGGUGGAGAAGGCGUUCGGGCGGUUCCUGCGGGGGCGCGAAUGGAUGCCGCUGCAGGCCAAGCUGUGCGACGCGGCGACGCUGCAGGGCCUGCCCAUGCUGCGGCAGCUCGACGACCCGGGCCGCCACGCGCUGCUGAUCGGCGGCGCCCCGGGCUGUGACCACGAGUUCCUGCGCCGCCACUGCGCCGUCCUCGACCCCCACGGCGUCAUCGACUCCCUCUACAUUGCCAUGCGCCGCCACACCAUCAGCUGGCACACCCUGCGCCACGCCCCCGUCUUUAUGGAAGGACUCGAAUCCUGCUGGGCCCACGACGCCCUCCUCGACACCGACCCCUUCGACGACGCCGACAUGGCCGUCGACGACGAGGACCGCCCCGCCGCCGGCGAUCUCACCACUGCGCUGCCGCCCGUCACCGCGGCGGUGGGCGCGGUGGCCGGGCUCAAGCGGCCGCUGACGGAGAUGUCGCGGUCGAAUAGCUUCAGCUCGGGGACGGCGGCCGGCGCCGCGGCUGCGGUAGCCUCGGGCGGGGGAGGAGGGGGCGAGGUAGGCGAUGAGGCGAGGGUCAAGAGGGCGUGUCCGGCUUCGUCGGUGGUGGUGACGGCGACGGCGGUGGCGGCGGGACAGCCCGGCGGGCCGAUUGUGGAUCUUCGGAGGAGGGAUACCAUCAAGACUGCGUGA